AUGCCCAGACGAAGGUGGACACCCCAAGUAACAGGUGAAGCCAAACGCCGUCGGAACCGUCUCAACCAGCAAGAACGCCGUCGACAGCCACAACAGCAACAACAAGAACCCCAAAGGUUUAUCGCCCGUCAAUUCCCAUCGCAGAUUGAAACUUUCAGACUUGGUCCUAUGAGUGAAACUUGCAAAGACUGUGCUGCAUUACGUUUCAGCUCUGAAAACUUCAACUGUUGCCACAAUGGUAAAGUCUCAUUACCACCAUUGCCUCCAUAUCCGCCUGAAUUACAAAACCUCUUCAUGGCAAAUGAUGCACAGUCCAAAAACUUCAUGGAAAAUAUUCGCCAGUACAAUAGUUCUGUCUCAUUUGCCUCAUUUGGUGGGCAUGUAGUUCGCCCUUCAGGACGUGGCCCAUACACAUUUAGACUUCACGGACAGCUGUACCAUCGAGCAGGCUCUUUACAUCCUCCAGACGAUACUCCACACACUUACAGCCAACUGUACAUACUAGAAGCCAGUCAAGCAAUCGAAGGGCGACUACAACAACCACCAAAUGCAAAUUGUCGUCAAGAUGUCAUGGCUACACUGACAACGACCCUUGACGCCAUCAACCCCUACGCAGCCGCGUACAGACAUAUGCAUGAACUUGAAGAGGAGCAGACACUUGCAGCACAGCGGAACAACACCCCAAUCCCUACUGUAACAAUGAAUAUCAUGCGCGGCCAUGAUCAGCGCCGCUACAAUAAUCCAACCCGUAUGGAUGAAGUUGCAGCUGUUUUUGUGUCGCCAGAUGGAGCCCCACCUGCCAAUCGUGAUGUUUUGAUCUACCCAAAAGAUCAUAACCCAAGUAAAAUAUCAUAUUUAUCGGGGAACAUUGACCCCAUGGUUUACCCACUAUAUUUCCCACGAGGCGCUUUAGGGUGGUAUCCUGGUAUGCAACACACAGCAGAGAGGGCAACUGAUCGGUACUGCAAAAUCUCUUGCUUGCAGUUUUAUGCCCACCGACUUGCUGUAAGAGCUGGCUUCAAUGCUAUAUUCUAUGGUGCAAAACUCUUCCAGCAGUAUGUCGUUGAUGCAUAUGUCCGCACAGAAUCCACAAGAAUUGGCUGGAUACUACAAAACCAGAAGCAGCUGCGAGUGGAAAUGUACCAAGGCCUUAUGGACCACAUCAAUAAUCAAGCUGCUGAAGAAAACCGUGCCCCAGGCAAAAUUGUCGUCCUCCCUUCAUCAUUUCAAGGUUCUCCUAGAUGUAUGCAACAAAAUUUCCAGGACGCCAUGGCCAUUGUAUCCAAAUAUGGAAGACCAGAUCUUUUUCUCACAUUCACAUGCAACCCCAAGUGCAAAGACAUCAAAGAUGCAUUACUACCAAACCAGCAACCUCAUGAUAGACCAGACAUUGUCAGCAGAGUAUUCAAGCUACAUUUAAAGGAACUGCUUCAUGACAUUCGCAACAACCAUGUCCUUGGAAUCCCAAUCGCCUACGUUUAUGUCAUUGAAUUUCAAAAACAGGGUCUACCUCACUGCCACCUAUUAAUCAUAUUGAGCGAAGAAAGUAAGCUCAAAGAACCAGCUGACAUUGACUCCCUCAUAUCUGCAGAAAUACCAGAUCCAGACUUACAACCAGACUUAUUCAACAUCAUCAAAACAAGUAUGGUUCACGGUCCAUGUGGUGCCCUUAACUACGCCUCUCCCUGUAUGGUUGACGGCAGCUGCUCCAAAGACUACCCAAAGUCUUUCCAAGAACAAACAGCACUAGCAGUCAACGGAUAUCCCCUGUACCAAAGGCGAGACAAUGGCCGCACUAUCAUUAUAGGAAACAAAGAAAUUGACAACAGGUGGAUUGUCCCAUACAAUCCCUAUCUUUCCAAAAAGUACAAUGCUCACAUCAACAUUGAGGCAUGCACUUCGAUUAAGUCUGUCAAAUACCUAUUCAAAUACGUGUACAAGGGCCAUGACUGUGCAAACGUCAGACUUACUCAGACAAAUGAACUAACACACGAUGAGGUUAAUACUUUCAUUGACACCAGGUAUGUCAGUGCUCCUGAGGCAUUCUGGAGGCUAUCUGAAUUUAAACUCCAUGAACAGUCGCAUUCAGUAUAUAGACUAGCCAUACACCUACCACAACAGCAGCCAGUUUACUUCCAACGAGGCGCCCAUGAAGAAGCAGCACAAGCAGCGCAAGAAAAAGACACCAUGCUCACAGCCUACUUCAGAGUCAACAGCAACCAACCAACACCAUACCUAUACACAGAGUUCCCACUUCACUAUGUCUGGAAUAAAACCAAAAAGAUCUGGACUCAACGAAAACAAGGAGGGGACAAGGUUUUGCCACGAAUAUACUCAGUUAGUCCCAAAGAUUCAGAGAAGUAG